UCCAGCCUGGGAGUGCGGAGUCAGAGAUUGCACAGGGCAGCGCCAUCUGCCGGUGCUCUGAGUCACCGCCGGAAGCCGGCCCGAAAGCAAAGCGGACGUGAAGCAUCCACCAACCUGGAAUAGCAGCGGCCACAGCAACAGCUGGAAUCUCCCAGACCUUCACUGAUGGAUGAUCUCUGUGAAGCAAAUGGCACUUUUGCCAUCAACUUAUUAAAACUGCUGGGUGAAAAGGACAACCUGCGAAACGUGUUCUUCUCUCCCCUGAGCCUCUCCUCUGCCCUGACCAUGGUCUUAAUGGGGGCCAAAGGAAACACUGCGGCGCAGAUGUCCCAGGCACUUUGUUUGAACAAAGGUGGAGAUAUUCACCAAGGAUUCCAGUCACUUCUCAUGGAAUUGAACAAAUCUGGCCCUCAGUACUUGCUCAGAACUGCCAACAGACUCUUUGGGGAAAAGACAUGUGAUUUCCUGCCAGCUUUUAAGGAAUCCUGCCAGAAGUUCUAUCAGGCAGACCUGGAGGAACUGAACUUUUCUAAAGACACUGAAGAAUGCAGGAAACACGUAAAUGACUGGGUGAUGGAGAAGACUGAAGGAAAGAUUUCAGAGAUACUGGGGGCUGGGGCAAUCGGUCCUCUGACUAAGCUGGUCCUCGUGAAUGCAACCUAUUUCAAAGGAAAGUGGAAUGAGCAAUUUGACAGAAAGCACACAAGGGGAAUGACCUUUAAAACCAACAAGGAGAAGAAGACAGUGCAGAUGAUGUUUAAGCAAGCUGAAUAUAAAAUGGGGUAUGUGGAGGAGGUGCACGCCCAGGUCCUGGAGCUGCCCUACGUGGAGGGGGUGCUGAGUAUGCUCAUUUUACUGCCUGAUGACAACACAGAUCUCGCUGUGGUGGAAAGGGCACUUACAUAUGAGAAGUUCAGAGCCUGGACAAAUCCAGAAAAGCUGACUAAGGAUAAAGUUCAAGUUUUUCUUCCCAGAUUAAAGCUGGAGGAGAGUUAUGACUUGGAGGCUUUUCUUCGAAGUUUAGGAAUGACUGAUGCUUUUGAGGAAGCCAAGGCCGACUUUUCUGGAAUGUCAGCCAAGAAGACCGUGCCCAUGUCCAAGGUCGUGCACAAGUGCUUUGUAGAGGUCAACGAGGAGGGCACGGAGGCAGCUGCGACCACCGCGGGGGUCAGGAACUCCCUGUGCAGCAGAACUGAGCCAAGAUUUUGUGCAGACCACCCUUUCCUUUUCUUCAUCAGGCACCAUGAAACCAACAGCAUUUUGUUCUGCGGCAAGUUCUCUUCUCCAUAAAGAGCUGCAGUCAUUGUACGUCACUCUGCCUACCCUGCCUUACUUCAAAUUCCCUGUGACCAAAUUGAUGCGGUGGUUUGAAUGCCAAAAUAAAGUGUAAUUAUGGUAA